UUUACAAACUAAUCAAAAGAUGUAAAAAAACAUUAUCAAACAAUCCUCAUAAAGAAAAGACAAAACACAAUAUUCCCCCAAAAAACACACAUAAAAACACACACAAAACAGCUUUUAUCGUACUCAUCUUUAACAAAGAUUUGAACUUUAUCUAACUACUCAACUCUCUGCAGCUGAAAUUCAUCUGGGUCAGUCCCAAUUUUCAGAAUUGAAGAGAAUUCUUGAAUUUCAAAAUUGGGGUUUUCAAGAAAAAUCCCAGAAAACACACAAAAAUACCUUUUUCAUACUCAUUUUCAGCAAAGAUUUGGACUUUAUUCAACUACUCAGCUGUCUGCAGCUGAAGCUCAUCUUGGUCAGCCCCAAAAUUCAAAAUUGAAGUGAAUUCUUGAUUUUGAAAGUAGGGUUUUCAAGAAAAUGGCUCAGUCGUCAUCUAGCAGAGGUAGAGUAGUUGGGGAUUAUUUGGUUGGUAGGCAAAUCGGGUCGGGUUCUUUUUCAACUGUGUGGCAUGCUAGGCACAAAAUUCUAGGCACUGAGGUGGCAAUCAAAGAGAUCGCUACAGCAAGAUUAAACAAGAAGUUGGAAGAGAGUCUUAUGUCUGAAAUUGACAUUUUGAGGAAUGUUAAUCAUCCAAAUAUUAUAAGAUUAUAUGACAUGAUUCAGGAACCUGGAAAAAUACAUAUUGUAUUAGAAUACUGCAAAGGGGGUGACCUUUCAAUGUUUAUUAACAGGCGGCAAGAAAGAAUUCCUGAAGCCACUGCCAAGCACUUUAUGCUGCAGCUCGCUUCUGGUCUGAAAGUUCUUCGUGAUAACAAUGUAAUUCAUCGAGAUCUGAAGCCACAGAAUCUCCUUAUAUCUUCAAAUGAUGAUAAUGCAGUUCUAAAGAUUGCAGACUUUGGGUUUGCAAGAUCCUUACAGCCUAGAAACCUUGCUGAAACGCUAUGUGGUUCACCACUGUAUAUGGCUCCAGAAAUAAUGCAACUGCAGAAGUAUGAUGCGAAGGCAGAUCUCUGGAGUGUUGGUGCCAUUUUGUUUCAGCUUGUGACUGGGAGAACUCCAUUUACAGGGAGCAAUCAAAUACAGUUGCUUCAAAAUAUAGUGAGGGCAACUGAGUUACGAUUUCCAUCAGAUGUAACAGAUUUGAGUUCUGAAUGCGUUGAUUUGUGUCGAAAAUUGCUACGACGUAAUCCAGUGGAAAGGCUGACAUUUGAAGAGUUCUUCAACCACCCAUUUCUUUCUCAGAAGCAAACAGAUGAAGUGACGAGAAGUAUGAGAUCUAUGAGAAUAGAUGGUUUUCCGUUCUCUGAAAGCAAUCCUGACAGGAGCACAGAUGAGAGUUCUCAAGAAGAUUGUCUGCCUUUUACUUUAGAUGAUGAUUCUAGUGGUCCUGAUGGAAGCCCAUCUCGUGUUAGAAGGUCUCCUUUAAGAUCUACUUACGGAUUUUCUGUGGAUAAAAGGAAUGAUCGGAGGGAAGUGCUCAAUGCUCCAAACAAGCAGGAUAUUUUUUCCCAGCAUAAUAGUGGGGGGCAUAAAGGAGAAAUUUCAGGUUUUCGAUAUAGCAAUCGUAGACCCUCAGAAGGAAGUCUGAAAGAAUCUCUGCAAUCAGUGGCUCAUGCAGCAGUAAAUGUCCGGUCGAAGGUUGUAGAUUCACUGGAGUUAAUUGAUCAGGAUUAUGUCCUUGUUUCUGGUCCACCUGUGGAUAUACCAUCUCCCUCAACAAGUGCUUAUAGGCCAGGUCGCUUACCAUCCAAUGCGGGGAGCCCCCCUCUAACAUCUAGGGAUGUUAUUAAGUCAACAUCAAGUGCCCCUGUGCCAAUUAUGGGAGCACUGGUCAGUAAAGAAGGUCGCAUUGGUAGCUUGGAAAGUCAAAGCUCUCCUCCAUCUGGGACUUCAUUAGGAUCCUUGGAUAUGGGGGAUGCUUCAGAGCAGCCAUCAACGGAUUGCUUGACAAGGAUUAAGUCACUGCAGCACUGUGCAUCUACGAUUACUGAACUAGUGAAUGAGAAGGUUGAGGCUGGAAAGCAUCUAGAAGCAUUCUCACUGCAGCUUGUGAUACUUGCAAUAUGCAAACAGGCAUUACAUAUCUGCCAUACACAAGCUGCAUCAGCUAUUGAUGGUAGUCCAAACCAAGAAAUCAAGGAUCAUGCUAAUCCUGAUAUCCAAAAACAAGUUGAUACUGCUAACUCUCAGCGACAGGAAGAUAUUUGCUCUAAAAUUGAAAGGGAUUUUCUCCAAGAAGUUGGAAAUGCUGAGGAACUUGCCAAAUUUAUUGAGCCCGGAAAUACGGAAAUGCCAGAUGCAAUGGAGGCAAUAUUUCAGUCUGCACUUGCAUUGGGAAGAAAUGGGGCUGUUGAUGAGUACAUGGGUCACAUGGAAAAUGCAGCAAAUUUAUAUUCAAAAGCAGUCCAAUUAUUGGUCUUCCUCCUUGUGGAAGGACCAUCACUCAUUAUAAACCCUCCGUUCUCUCUUACAAACUCGGACCGUUAUAGGUUGCGCACAUAUGUGGAUGUCCUUAAUAAUCGGCAAAGCCAUUCCAAGUCCCAACGGAUGGCUUUACUUAAAUGUGAGGAUCAAAAUUGCCCUCCUUGAUAGAACGAGCAUUGUUAGUGUUUUUUCUUACUGAUAAUAGCUCAUGUUGUACCAUGUAAAAUUCUUUGUAUGUACAGAAAUUCUUUGGGGACUGUUGGCCAAUUGGGCCUUUGUUGUCUGUUACUUAUCUGUUGUUGAGGGACAUUCAGCCUGUGUUGUAUGUCACUCUUCUGUGAUUUAUGGACUGAUAGAAAAUCAAAAUGUCAGUUGUAUCACAUUUGUAGUUGGUCUGUACCAUUCUUAUAUUUUUCAACGAGUAUAUUGUGAUUUCUCAA